GGAGGGAGAGGGGUUAGGUGUCUACAGUAUUGGGUACACGACCGAGGGCCGCUGAGAACGCGCAGACCUGGCUUCCUGGCGGGCGAAGUCUGCACUGAGCCUAGGGGUUGGCGGGAGGGUCCGGAGCCUGGUCAGCGCGCCCUGCAAGUAGGAGUCGGGCCCCAGAGACUCGGAGGAGAGCCGGGGAGAAGCCCGGCCUAGGCCCCGCGGAGAUGUCUGGCUGCGGCGCUUGUAGUUGUGGAGCGGUCGCCGCGCGGCUCAUCACUUCCUCGCUUGCCUCCGCGCCGAGAGGUAUUUCUUGUGGUCGCAUUCAUAUACCUGUUUUAGGAAGGCUUGGGACCUUUGAAACUCAGAUUCUACGAAGAGUUCCUUUUAGAACCUUUACAGAAACACCAGCAUGCUUAGCCUCAAAAGAUGGAAUAAGUAAAGAUGGCUCUGGAGAUGGAAAUAAGAAAUCAGCAAGUGAGGGAAGCAGUAAAAAAUCAGGCUCUGGGAAUUCUGGGAAAGGUGGAAACCAGCUACGCUGCCCUAAAUGUGGUGACUUGUGCACACAUGUAGAGACCUUUGUGUCAUCCACCCGUUUUGUGAAGUGCGAAAAAUGUCAUCAUUUUUUUGUUGUGCUAUCUGAAGCAGACUCAAAGAAAAGCAUAAUUAAAGAACCAGAAUCCGCAGCAGAAGCUGUAAAGUUGGCAUUCCAACAGAAACCACCUCCUCCCCCCAAGAAGAUUUAUAACUACCUCGACAAGUAUGUUGUUGGCCAGUCAUUUGCUAAGAAGGUGCUUUCAGUUGCCGUGUACAAUCAUUACAAGAGAAUAUAUAAUAAUAUUCCAACUAAUCUGAGGCAGCAAGCAGAGGUUGAGAAGCAGACAUCAUUAACACCUAGAGAGUUAGAAAUAAGAAGACGAGAGGAUGAGUACAGAUUUACAAAAUUGCUUCAGAUAGCUGGAAUUAGUCCACAUGGUAAUGCUUUAGGAGCAUCAAUGCAGCAACAGGUAAAUCAACAAAUGCCUCAGGAAAAACGAGGAGGUGAAGUAUUGGAUUCUGCCCAUGAUGACAUAAAACUUGAAAAGAGUAAUAUUUUGCUGCUUGGACCAACUGGGUCAGGUAAAACUCUGCUGGCACAAACUCUAGCUAAAUGCCUUGAUGUUCCUUUUGCUAUCUGUGACUGUACAACUUUGACUCAGGCUGGAUAUGUAGGUGAAGAUAUUGAAUCUGUGAUUGCCAAACUGCUCCAAGAUGCCAAUUACAAUGUAGAAAAAGCACAACAAGGAAUUGUCUUUCUGGAUGAAGUAGAUAAGAUUGGCAGUGUGCCAGGCAUUCAUCAGUUACGGGAUGUAGGUGGAGAAGGCGUUCAGCAAGGCUUAUUGAAACUACUAGAAGGCACAAUAGUCAAUGUUCCAGAAAAGAAUUCCCGCAAGUUACGUGGAGAAACAGUACAAGUUGAUACAACAAACAUCCUGUUUGUUGCAUCUGGUGCUUUCAAUGGUUUAGACAGAAUCAUCAGCAGGAGGAAAAAUGAAAAGUAUCUUGGAUUUGGAACACCAUCAAAUCUUGGAAAAGGCAGAAGGGCUGCAGCUGCUGCAGACCUUGCCAAUCGAAGUGGCGAAUCAAAUACUCACCAAGACAUUGAAGAAAAAGAUCGAUUAUUACGUCAUGUAGAAGCAAGAGAUCUCAUUGAAUUUGGCAUGAUUCCUGAGUUUGUGGGACGGUUGCCUGUGGUAGUUCCUUUACAUAGCCUAGAUGAGAAAACACUUGUACAAAUACUAACUGAGCCACGUAAUGCUGUUAUUCCUCAGUACCAGGCCUUAUUCAGCAUGGAUAAGUGUGAACUGAAUGUUACUGAGGAUGCUUUGAAAGCUAUAGCCAGAUUGGCACUAGAACGAAAAACAGGUGCACGAGGUCUUCGGUCCAUAAUGGAAAAGCUAUUAUUAGAACCAAUGUUUGAAGUCCCUAAUUCUGAUAUUGUAUGUGUGGAAGUUGACAAAGAAGUAGUAGAAGGAAAAAAGGAACCAGGAUACAUCCGGGCUCCAACAAAAGAAUCCUCUGAAGAGGAGUAUGAUUCUGGAGUUGAAGAAGAAGGAUGGCCUCGCCAAGCAGAUGCUGCAAACAGCUAAACUGUCAGACUUUUGUCCUGUAUAUAAAGCUUUCCUUCUGUGUUUAGGAUCAUAACUGUCUCUGCAGUCUGACAUUAAAAGCAUUGGAUCUGUCUUGGAUAUCAUACAUGGUCAGAAGCCUUUAGAAUAAAAAUCAGAUCAUGUAUAUUAAGUAACAUCACAUUGAUUGGUACAAAAGACUCUAUGUGGACUUUAAUGACACAGUUUCAGCGAUAAAAUGUACAUUAUUUUGGUUCAGUUUUUUUAAAAAAAAAAGCUAAAACAAAAUUCUAAGGAGUUCUUUUAAGCAAUGCAGAUGUUGCAAUAACUAUUUUACAAUAAUGUUACUCUACAAAUGGGAAAAUAAAUUCUUUAAAAUUGAAGAUCGAGA